UUUUUUCUCUAGUUUAUUUUUAUAUUUGCUAUUUUUUUUAACAUUAUUUUAAUUCUUUAUUAUUAUCUUUCAAAAAAAAGUUUGUCUCGGCGAGUGCGGGGGACACGACUCACACUGCCGGCUGACGUCACCGAUUGGAGGCAGAGAUCCGUGGCUCUACAAGGUUUGGACUCCGAACCGUUUCGACACAUCGUUCUCACUUCCCACUGGCGCACUCUCUGCUUCUCUACUUCCCUGCUUCCCAUCGCCGGCGUCCGCCGCAGCCGCACACAUUCGUUGCAGCUACACACAUUCUUGGCAGCAGCAAGCCUUAAAUUCUGUUCUUAUAUUUACGUCUAUGCAUUUCUUCCUCAGUGCUACUUCUUUUAUUAGAAAAAAGAAAGCAUAGCAUUACCUUAUACUGUUAUUUUGUUCAUCUUCUCCCCCUUCGUCAUAAUAUCUCUACGUUUUCAGCCAACGCACCAAAAAACCAACCUUUUUGUAAGCUGCAAGCCACGUGAUUAAGGAGUAGUGUUACGGAGAUGAUUGAUCCGGAAGAGAUAUCCCAAAUGUGGAGUCCAUUUCUUAACUAUCUCUUCAAGCUAGAGAAGGAACUGAAAUGCUUCAAAUGCAAGGGUUUGUUUAAAAGACCAAAAUUAUUACCGUGUAAUCACAUAGUUUGCAGCGACUGUAUUAUCACUCCUUUAACCCGUCAACGUUCUGUUUGCCAUUCUUGUCAGAACCCUUUUCGAUACGAAGACACUAGGGAUGCUCUUUACGUAGAAAGGAUGGUGAGCCUUUUUCAAGAGAUGGAUGCUGCUAUUGGCAGCAUUAUUCAACAGAGACCAUCACCUAAAAAUGUGCCUGGUGAUAAAUCACAAGGAGUACAUAAUGUACAAGAUAAAUCAAGUCAUUCAUGCCUCUCCAAAAAAGUUUCACUUGAAGGAGAUGAACCAUCAGAAGUACAUAAUGGACAAGAUAAACCAAGCCAUUUAUGCCUCUCUAAACAAGGUUCACUUGCAGGAGAUGAACCACCAGGAGAACAUAAUGCACAAGAUAAACCAAGCCAUUCAUGCCUCUCAAAAAAAAAUUCACUUGCAGAAGAUGAACCAUCAGGAGUACAUAAUGCACAAGAUAGGCCAAGCCAUUCAGGUUUACAUGGUUUUCCAUCUUCCAAUUACAGGACUUCAAAAAGAAGAGUAGAUGAAGGAAACUAUGAAGAAAUGCAAAAUAGAAGCACGAAUUCUGAAGAAGUGCCCGGCUUAAAAAAACAUUUGAACCUGAAGGAGUCCAGUUAUUUCCCUUCAUUUGGUGAAAAUUCUGAUUCUAAAUUGCACAAAUAUAAUAGUUAUCCUGAACAAAAUCUCAAAGCCUCUUCUCGAAUGAAAUAUGGUGCUUCUCGACUCAAGCAUUUCAAGAAAGCAAAGACGGGAAAGAAAGCAAAUUCCUGGAAUAAUGCUAGUCCAGAUUAUCAUAGUGGUAGACAUUUGUUUGGUGAUGAAUGCGCAUUUUGCCAUUCGUUUCGAAUUACGGAGGCUUCUGGACCUAUGUAUUGCUACAAAGAUGGAAAACUCACUGCAUUGGAGGAAGCAAACCAGCCUGAUGGAAUAUAUGUUCAUGAAAAGUGCGUUGUAUGGGCUCCCCAAGUGUAUUUUUCUGGAGAAAUCGUGAAAAACUUUGAGUUAGAACUAAAGCGAGCAUCAAAGUUAAAAUGCAGCAAAUGUGGGUUGAAAGGUGCUGCUCUUGGUUGUUAUGAUAACAACUGUCUUAAGAGCUAUCAUGCCACUUGUGCAGUUCAAAUCCCAGAUUGUCGAUGGGAUUAUAGAACUUUUCAUGUUUUGUGCCCUUCCCACUCUUUGGGAAAAUUACCAUGUGAUGAUGAUUCUGGGAAGAACAACGGUACACAUCUCCCAUCUAUUCAGAUAGAAUCUUCUAAACCUUUGGGGAAGCUAAAAGAUGAUCGAAAUGAUAAUUGUGUUGCUGCAAUGGAUGUUUCAAAUGAAAUGAUAUUCAUGGGCUCUGAUCUCAUGGCUUCAGAAAAGAACCUCCUUGUUCAAUUGGCUAGCUUGAUUGGUGGAAAGGUGAUUGAAAGAUGGACGCCUGAGGUAACACACGUUAUUGUUUCAACUAGUCAGUGUGGUGCUUGCAGAAGAACAUAUGAUUUCCUAUUGACUGUUUUGAGUUGGAAAUGGAUUCUCACAACAAAGUGGGUUAAGGUUAGCUUGGAGUUAGGACAUCUGGUCGAGGAAGAGCCAUUUGAAGUCAGGUUUGAUGAAAAAGGUUUUGUAGAUGGACCCAAGAAAAAAAGGCAUAGUAUAAUCGACAAGGCAAAAAACUUAUUUGCAGGUCUGCACUUUUAUAUAAGCAAACACUUCGAUCAAUCAUCUGAACAGUCUCUUCGAGAACUUGUUGUGGCUAGUGGUGGAAGGGUGUUGGAGGUGGAUUCUUUGAUGCUGAAGGACCCUUCUCCAAGUGCAUCUUCAUUUGAAUCAUUUCUGUAUUUCAUUUACAAUGAAGACUAUCCGAAGGAUUAUAAUCCGAGAGAUUUUAUGAAGAUUAAAGAUGAAAGAUGUGAAGAAGUAAUAGACAUGUUUGUGAAGACUGGUGCCCGAGCAGCAAGUAAUAAUAGAGUUUUGGAUGCCAUUGCUACUUUGGACGUCAAAAUUUUGGAUGUUAUAUGCCUCGAUCAAGCAAACUAGUGACUUUGAUGCUUUUGCUCUUUCGGUGGAAUUUUAACUUUUUUUGUUAUUGUGGGGUUGCAGUGCUCCUUUUUGCUAUGCUUACAGCCAAUUGGCAAUGGAUGUAAAAUUGGAUGGUCUUCAUUUUGCUUGAUUGUAUGCUAAAGUUUCUUCUUGUAAAUUGGAUGGAAAUGAAGUUACUUGUGAUUGGUUUGCAAUCAACUUCUCUUACUGAAAGGUUCA